AUAUGUCAGUAGGCCUUACGGGUGAUAUUUCAAUCAACGAGAACGGCGAUCGAGAAGCCGAUUACACGCUCAACGAUUUGGAUCCGGAAACAGGUAUUAUGAGACCAGUGGCCGCAUAUUUUGGUAGUCGACGCGUGUUUGAGAAGAUUCAAGGUGUCGAAAUUCAUUGGCCGGGCGGCAAAAAAAGUCCUCCGCUUGACAUACCCUACUGUGGAUUUACUGGCGAUGCGCCCCAUUGUUUAGUCAAAGAGCCAUUUCCAAUAUGGAUCACUGCAAUGAUCAUAUUUAUUUGUAUGGCAAUGGUUGGCAUUAUAGUAACAUUCUUCGUCUCAAAGAAACUUAAAUUUGAGUCCGAAUUGGCCGACUUGUGGUGGAAAGUCAAUUAUGACGAUAUCAUAUUUCCCGAACACGUUAUUAAAAGCCGAGCGAGUGGUCAGAAAUCGGUUAUGUCGUUAAAUUACAGCGACACCGAUGGCUUUGUGUCGGGCAAGACAUCUACAAAUAAGGCGCCGUCAGUCGUCAACUCAUUGAUUAGUGCCGGCGGUGUUAUAGACUCGGUAUUGAUCGGCACUUAUAAGGGUAUUAAAGUUGCUGUCAAACCAUUGAACAUAAAUAGGUUAAACCUAUCGCGAGAAUUGCUCCACGAAUUGAAAUCUAUGCGAGAACUGACUCAUGAAAAUCUGACCCGAUUUGUGGGUCUCUGUCCCGAUGAACAAAAUUUAGCCCUUCUUAACGAACUAUGUAUUAGGGGAUCGCUUAGGGAUCUACUGGAAAACGAAAAGAUUAACAUUGACUGGACGUUCCGGUAUUCAAUGAUGAAUGAUAUUGUCGAGGGAAUGAUUUUUCUACACAACAGUCUACUCGACUAUCACGGACGGCUCAAGUCGACCAACUGUGUAGUGGACGGCAGGUUUAUGGUAAAAAUUACCGAUUAUGGGCUGAGAUCACUUCACGAACAGGUGUUUAAGGAAACGGAUGUUAAUCCUAGAAUGCUAUUUUGGACGGCACCGGAACAUUUACGUGCAAGAGAUCCGAUAAAUACCGGUUCCAAAAAAGGCGAUAUCUAUUCAUUUGCUAUAAUACUACAGGAAAUUAUCACUCGUUGCGGACCUUUUGAAUCACUUGAACGACUGGGUCGACGGCGAGUAAUUUACGAACCAAACGAAGUGUUAGAUCGCAUACGAAUGGGAACAGUACCACCGUUUCGACCGGAAGUGGCACCGGACGAGUGCAGUAAAGAACUGUUGAAUCUGAUGCACGAGUGUUGGACAGAACAGCCAACCUCUCGGCCAGAAUUCAUUUCCAUUAAACAGAAGCUCCGGAAGAUAUCUCAGGGUAUAUCCAGUCGUAACUUUUUAGACAAUUUGUUGCAACGUAUGGAACAGUAUUCGGAAAACUUGGAGCGUAUUGUCGCCGAAAAGACCGAAUCAGUAAUUGAAGAAAAACAAAAAACAGAAGAACUUCUCUAUCAAUUGUUACCCCGAUUUGUGGCCGAAGAACUGAGAAAAGGUAUUCACGUUCAGCCCGAAAGUUUCGAUGAGGUGACCAUUUUCUUCUCGGAUAUUGUCGGCUUUACCUCACUGUCUGCUAUAUCAACUCCUAUGCAAGUGGUGGAUCUACUUAACGAUUUGUACACAUGUUUUGAUGCCACUAUUGAAAUAUACGACGCCUAUAAAGUUGAGACCAUUGGUGACGCUUAUAUGGUGGCAUCAGGUUUACCGAUAAGGAAUGGCAGCGAACACGUGCGAGAAAUCGCACGGUUAGCUCUAGACUUGCGUAGGGCUACCAAUGCGUUCAAAAUUAAACAUUUGCCAAAACGUAAACUACAAUUGCGUAUUGGUUUCCAUACCGGUCCCUGUGUUGCUGGUGUGGUCGGCCUUAAAAUGCCAAAAUAUUGUGUAUUUGGCGAUACUGUAAAUACUGCUUCGCGUAUGGAAACUAACGGCGAACCCUUGAAGAUACACAUAUCGGAAAAAUCGCAUAAAUUGUUGGAAAAAUAUGGCACAUUUGUGACAGUUCCCCGGGGAGACAUCGAGGUUAAGGGAAAGGGUAUUAUGAGAACCUAUUGGUUAGAAUCGGAGAAACAAACAAAUCAUUUGAAUCACAAUAACAUCACUGAUAGUAACGAACAGGAGAUGAAACUCGAGAGCAUUACUGGUGUCGAUGGGUUGGCUAAUGUUCAGACGUGAACUCAUUGAUAACAUUGGAUCCAAUUGUUUCAUGACUUUGAUUAAGUCAUAUUUAUUUUGACAAAUUUGUAAGACACUAGUCGUGUGACAAAAAAAUGCUAUUUUUAUCGCUG